CCGCCGCACACGAUGAAGUGUCUUGUCAUGAGCAGACAGUCUCUCCGAAGGACGAGCAUCUGUACCCGAUCAUUAUCUGCUCCUCUCAUCUCUUUAUAUCGUCAAUAUGCCUUGAUUCCGACGCCCCGGCGCAUGCGCGCACACGACCAGUCCAACCCUGCACGUGAUAGCGAUGGUUCCUUGCUCGAAACUGCAUCAUCAUCACAGGCACAGCCAUUAUCAGGCUUCUAUUCGUUGCUUUUGGCAUCUCCUUUGCCGCACAGUGGUAUUACAGCGACAAAGCAAUCGAGGCCUGCUGCAACCAAUGACCAACCAACCUCGGCGCAAAAAGCCGCAUCUACGCCGAAAACCCCUCAAGAAAAGAUGGCCAUUGUCUUUGGCAGUCGCCUUGCAGGACCAGGCCGCCAAUCUCGAUACAAUCCCGGUGAGGCGCCACCCGAAUCAAUGUGGAGAACGAUCAAUGGUGUACCUAUCCCGCCUCGCCCCGAGGAACCAGACAACUGCUGCAUGAGCGGCUGUGUGCAUUGCGUCUGGGAUGACUUCCGCGACGAAAUGGAAGAGUGGGCAGGUAGAAUUGCUAAGGCCAGGGCUAAAGGGCGACCCGAGAGAGGCACCGCAGAUAUGCGUACUGAGCCCCGAGCCGAGGUCAACUCGGCCAGUCAGAGUAUGGACGAUGAUGGCGGCGGCAGUGAGACCAAUUGGGCCAUACCGAAUCAAGAAGAUGACCUCUUUGCCAGUAUUCCAGUUGGCAUUCGAGAGUUUAUGAAGACGGAGAAAAAGUUACGGGUGAAGCACCAGAAGGAAGCUUCGGCGUGACGACUUAUAUGUGGAUGUUGCUUUGUAUUAGUGCACUUUUUAUACCCUGCUGUACAUAUACUGGGGGAUGUGAUCAAAGAAAGCGAGUGGGUAGACCAUCAGAGUGAGAUGGAAUCUAGACUGUACAUAGAAUCAUUGUUUUCACGACACGAAAAAUUAUAGCGCUUUCUCUUAUCUUUGAAAUACAUUUGUAAUUCAUCAAGGAAUGAAU